AUGACUGCGAUAAGUCUCGCCUCAGCGCUGCUGGCUUUCACGGGAGCGGCUUCCGCAAGCCACGCCUUCUAUGUCGGCAAGAAUCUCACAGCAGAUGGGUCCGUUCUUGUCGGAGGCACCGGUGAGGAAGUGAGCAGCCAUUGGCUCGAAAUCUUCCCAGCGAAAGACCAUGCUUUGAACGAGACCAUCACGGUUGGUGUUACCGAGGACGCUGUACUUCCAGGAGAAUUGAUCCAGAUACCGCAAGUGGCCCAUACCUUCCGGUACAUGUCAAUGGAAUACUCGGACUUUGAGGGUUUCCCGGCACCAUUAACUAAUGGCGGACUGAACGAGAAAGGUAUCACUGUCCGAGAUGUCUGGUCCGACUCGAGGACGGAACUUUACGAUAUGACACCGAAUCCACAACGAGGACUGCAGUACAGUGAUCUUGCCCGCAGAGUCUUAGAACGAGCCAGCACAGCCCGGGAGGGCAUCGAGAUCAUGGGCGAUCUGAUCGCGGAGUACGGCUACGCCGAUUAUGGAGGCAAUUCGCAUCUUGUGGCGGACCACAACGAAGGCUGGGUGAUGUUGCAAUUUUCCGGAGGCAAAGGACUCUGGGCCGCGGAACGAUUGGGCGAGAACACUGUGCGAGUCCUCUACCCGGGAUAUAUCGAGGACUUUCCGACUGACUACAUGACCAACAACACCGACUACAUGGGUUCUCCGAAUCUGGUCUCAUUCGCUGUGGAGCAGGGAUGGUGGGACCCGAAAGGCUCCGAGCCAUUCAACAUCUUCAAAGUCUACGGAGUCCAAGGCAACUACACUGCCCGCGACGGAGGCUUCAAAUACAUGUCGCAAGCAGCGCUAGAAGAAGCGACUCUCGCCAUGGUACCUCUGACGGAAGAGAAACUCAUGGAACGUGUGCGAGACUACCGCAUCUCCGACGACGAAGCUGGAUAUGGCCAGAUUGUGAGCCUUCGAGCUGGGACUGAUUGCGAUCUUCUGCGCAUGUGGAACGCUCCAAUUGGCUCCGUUACUGCUCCUUUCAUUCCGACUUGGCUUGGGGUGACUUCGGUGCCGCCGGAGUACGGUCAACAUCGAUAUCUUACAACAGGUGCUUCGUCCUCUUUCUUGAAUCCUGAUUUCGAAUUACAGGAGGCGAGUCUGUUCGCUGGGCGUGUGUUCAAGCGCGUACUAUAUUACACUUGCUCGGACCCGGAGAACUAUCUAACAAGAGUGCAAAAUAUACUGAGAGGAGUGGAAAACGCUUCGCGGAGUGACAUUGAGGUUUACGAAAAAGCCGCCGCUGCUCUCAUCACCACCGGUGACCGAGAAGCCGCUAAGCAAAUAUUGACGUCCUUCUACCACGCUCGUGCAGCGGACGCUCUUUCCGCCGGCCAAACACUAGCUGAGAUGCUUGAUCUUGAGAUCAAGAUGACGGGACACUGGCGCUCGCCGAUCGGCACUCAGAUCAAUGAUGCAGGAGAGGGAGCGGAGACCGUGAACUGUCUUGUUGGAUUGGAUCCUGAUCAGCCUGCUUGGAAGCAGCCGCCUCAUCCCAUGAGGAAACGGGCUGCGAAGAAGAGUCGUGGUGCUGGCUGA